AUGGGAGCGUACAGGGCGGACGAGGAUUAUGAUUACCUGUUUAAGGUAGUGCUGAUAGGUGACUCUGGCGUAGGAAAAUCCAAUCUUCUGUCUCGUUUUACGCGCAAUGAGUUCAGCCAGCAGUCAAAAUCCACUAUCGGCGUUGAAUUCGCUACCCGAUCCAUUCAAGUUGAAGACAAGGUCGUCAAGGCCCAGAUUUGGGACACCGCAGGCCAAGAAAGGUAUCGUGCGAUCACAAGCGCCUAUUACCGAGGAGCUGUUGGCGCUCUACUCGUUUAUGAUGUCACUCGCCAUGUAACCUUCGAAAAUGUGGAAAGAUGGUUGAAGGAGCUUCGAGGUCACACUGACAUGAACAUCGUAAUCAUGCUGGUUGGAAAUAAAGCAGAUCUUCGUCAUCUGCGCGCUGUUCCCACAGAAGACGCUAGGGCGUUUGCUGAAAGGGAGGGCACGUUUUUAAUGGAAACUUCGGCCCUGGAAGCUUUAAAUGUUGAAAAAGCUUUCACAGAAGUCUUGACACAAAUCUAUCAUGUAGUCAGCAAGAAGGUCCUUGACAUAGGAGAUGAUCCUGCAGCUUUGCCCAAGGGACAAACCAUUAAUAUCGGAACCAAAGACGAUGUAUCCGCUGUGAAGAGGACAGGAUGCUGCUCCGGCUAG